AUGUUAAUUGUAUUUUACCAACAGACUGGAUUGAUAGCGAAGCAGCAGAUGGCGUUGAGGGAUAGUUUCGAAACUCAUAUAGUUGGUUCUCUUUUGGAGGUGAAAAAAUGGGGGGUAUUUGAAUGGGGUUGCGUAAUGGUGCGCUUAAUUAUUCUGGGGGUUUAUAUCGUAGUACAUUCCGCUGUCUCUGUAAUAGCUUGGUCUCUGAAUUUUUAUCUAGAGAGUCCAGUAACAGGAGUGGUGCUUAAGCUUAAUGAGCUAUUAUGGGGUUGCAUACCAGUGCUAGGCAGAUACGGAAUAAGGAUUUUUCCUCGAGUCAUUUCCGAAAUCAAGCACAAAUGGAUACCUAGACUGAGCAAACUAUCACAACUGAUUCAGGUGUGCUUUCAAGUACAUCUGGUUGAAAUGACCUUAAAAGAUAAGAAGAACGUCCAGAUUUUUUUGACUGCUGAAAGCGACAGUUUAGAAUUAUAUGACAACGACGGACAACUAGUGACAACAUUGCUGCUAGCAAAUCACAGAUCGAUCAAUGACUAUAUGUUGAUUAAUUAUUUGAUCCAGAAUUGCAGUAAAUAUCCCCCAGGUGAAAGAAAAAUGAGAAACAUCGUAAGAAAGUUUUGGCAAGACGAUGUGCUAUUGAUCCCUCCUUUGAAUUUCAUAACAUGGGGCAAAAUUGUGAAUUUCCCACAACUGUCGCUCAUGAAGAAUAUACUAAUGCUUGACGAGAAUGCAUUCGUGGUACCGAUCAAGAUAAAGGAUCAUCUCACCGACACGGGUAAUCAGGUUCUGGCAGUCUUUCCAGAAGUUAAUAUCAUGACAACAGAGCUGAGUAUUAUUCAAAGAAAAUUGUGUGAAGAUUAUCCGUUCAUGGCCAAGUUUUACAACGUUCUCUAUCCAAGAUUCAAGAGUUUUAUCAGCACUAUUAGAUGCUUCGCUCACAUCAAGCAUAUCAAGCUCAAUGACAACGCCAAAAUAUUCACGAAUGUACGCAUUAUUUUCAAUAAUGGAGUGAGUAAAUUCAUCUCAAAGGCUGCUGCACAUUCCCAGAGCACAGUGGAUAAACAAAAUGCUCAGGCCUCCAUGAUUGUAGGCUUACCACCGAUGAGUGAUUACGAGGAUAUACCUGAAAUUGAAGAUGAUAAUGAAAACGAAGCAACAGUACCCGUAAAAAUAAAUCAACAUUUUUUUGACCUAACCAUUGUUUACUACAAGCCUAAGUUUACGAAAGCGGCGCAUGAUCACAUUAAUGGGCAACUUGGCAUACAUGAGGGCUAUCAACUAGAGCAAGUCAAUCCUUCAGUGUUUGAGAUGUUGCAACCGGAUAGAGAUCUGAAUAAAUAUGACGAAAAUUACAAGCGCAGUAGACCACCUCUUAUAAUUAUGAUUCACAUUAAGAAGCAUGAACUCGCUCCCCUUCUACCAGCAAAAGGUCGUAAUUUAGAGAAAUGGCUCGAGAAUAAAUGGUAUGAAAAAGACAAAUUGAUUGAUUCUAUAGAAGACGGUAUUAGGGUUAGAUAA